UCCGUGGGUGGGAGUGAGGUGUGCUCUGCCCAUAAAUAGAGGCUCAGGGCUCUGCUGACACAUUCAGAAGCUUGGACUGCAACCCGGGCAGCUCACACAAAGCAGGAGGGCGGGGAGCCCAGAUUGCCAUGGAGAAAAUUUUGGCGUCAGCCUUCCUGCUUCUUGUGGCCCUCUCCUAUACCCUGGCCAAAGAAACCACAGUCAAACCUGGAGCCAAAAAGGACGCAAAGGACUCUCGGCCCAAACUGCCCCAGACCCUCUCCAGGGGUUGGGGCGAUCAGCUCAUCUGGACUCAGACCUACGAAGAAGCCUUAUACAAAUCCAAGACUAGCAACAGACCCUUGAUGAUCAUUCAUCACUUGGACGAAUGCCCACACAGUCAAGCUUUAAAGAAAGUGUUUGCUGAAAAUAAGGAAAUCCAGAAACUGGCAGAGCAGUUUGUUCUCCUCAACCUGGUUUAUGAAACCACAGACAAGCACCUUUCUCCUGACGGCCAGUACGUCCCCAGAGUUCUGUUUGUGGACCCGUCCCUGACAGUGAGGGCGGACAUCACUGGGAGAUACUCAAACCGUCUCUACGCUUACGAACCUUCGGACACAGCUCUGUUGCUGGACAACAUGAAGAAAGCUCUGAAGCUACUAAAGACAGAAUUGUAGAGCCAGCUGUGCGUUGCACCAGGUGAUGAGGAGGCAGGAGCACUGUGAACUCGCUGAUUACAUCACAGUUUAAUGUUACAACACAUGUAUUUUUUAAACACCCAUACGCAUAUGUGGGGAGACAAUAUAUUGUUAUCUACUACAGUGAAGCAUGGUUUUCUAAAAAAUAAAGUCUUGUGAGUACUCCAA